GAAACGAUUUCAUACCGAAAUUGUUGUAUAAAUAAUUUCGAAUAUGGUAGUUGUUAGUAAAGAAGUUUUCUAUAAACAUGUACUCAAAGAUACAGGAUGUCAAUUUGUACAUUAUUGGACUCCGAGUUGUACAACGGCGCUUUCGAAUUUACUACCCAACGUAGUUUUAGGAACGACCAAGUUUUUUAUUCCCAUAUUUAUUAUCCGAUUGAUUAUGGAUUACAAAAUGAAGAAGAAAAAUAUAGGAAAACGAUCGUUGAAACGUGUUUUUAGAACUGUAUUUUACGGAUUUUUAAUGGGAACUUUUACAUUCGGUUCGAUAUGUCUUUUGGCCAAAACCUUUGGAUUACAUUUUUAUACAGCUUUACUAGUACCCGGAUUAAUAUCUGGUACAUCUAUAUUAGUUGAAUCCAAGGAAAACCAAAAUUUGAACACUUUAAUGUUUUUUAAUUCAUUCUUAGAAACAUGUUUAAACGCGUUGAGAUUAUCAUCUGUACAACAAACGGCGUUAUUUAUGAUCACCAGCGGAAUUCUAAUGCACCUUUUCGAAAAAAGAAAUAAAGAAAUUGAUUUCAAUUAUUUUUGGUUUUUCAUUCCAAAAUUAAAAAAUGAUAAAUACAGAAAAAAUCGAAAAUCUCUCAAGCAAAUCGGAGAAAUUUCAUUACAGGCAUUUUUCAAAUAUUCGUUGGUAGGUGUUGGAAUCAAUCUAACUAAACGUUUAUUAGGAAAAUUGAAUUCGAUAUUUAAGGAUCCGAAAAAGAUUUUUGACGUUAUUUUUCAUAAAUCGAAUAUUUAUUUUGGUUUAUUUGUCGGUGUUUACGUCGGAUUAUAUAUGGCAAUAAGUUCUUAUUUAGAACUGAACGAUCAAACAAAGGAAUGGCGCGGACUUAUCUCCGGAAUUAUUUCGGGAAUUACUUAUAUAUGUUGCCCCACAAUUCAAGUUUUAGUACUGGCACUAACCACAACCUUACAGAUGAUUUAUCAUCGAUUUUGCGAAAAAUAUAAAAUCACCGAUCACUUCUAUCAGCGAUUGUUGAUAUUUCAAUUGACUCACGCUAUUAAUUUGCAUAACAAAUUUUUUAACGAUGAAAUCUGUUCCCCGUACUACGAUAAAAUGAUCGACGCUUGUACUAAUAAUGUAUCGGCAAUUAUAAAACACGAAGUUAUAAAUAAAACUCUUUCAUAAGAAGAAAUAAAUAAUCUUUUAGGAAU